AUGAAUAUGGAAGCCAAGAACGGAUCCCCGGUCCCUGCAGAGGACUUCAGUGGGGAUCGUGACUCUGCCGAUAUCACAGAACACGAACAAAUGGAUGUAAAACAUAAAACAAAUGGCGAUACCAAGGCAGACCGCAAAGCAGCCAAUGCCAAGGAUCCCUCCCGACCGCGACGGAAGAAGGCCCGGCGAGCUUGCUUUGCCUGCCAACGAGCUCACUUGACUUGCGGCGAUGAACGACCUUGUCAACGUUGCAUCAAACGUGGCCUCCAAGAUGCUUGUCAUGAUGGUGUUCGCAAAAAGGCCAAAUAUCUCCACGAUGCUCCCGAUGGAGCGUUGAUGCCAGCUGUUAGUAGCAACAACAACACCAGUCUAUACAACUCCACACUCCGGAAUAAUAUGCCUAUGUCUAGGAAUGGCGCAAACGCUGUCAGUUCCAAUCAGCAACACAGCCACCAGCACAGCCAUCAGCACAACCAACAUAACCAACAAUCAACUAAUGCCACGAAUAACAACUUUUACCCUACGCCCCAGACGCAGGCAUCUUACAACCAAUACCAAGAAUCUUCCAUGAGCCAAAGCCCCUUCACCGCGCAAUCACCCGUUUCACCUACUUUCAAUAUGAAGACCAGCGCCAAUGGUCGAAAUCCGAGUCUUUCCUCGACUGUCAACCAGCAGCCUACUCCAAAUACUGCUCUUUCUGGGGAUACAAGUCAGUCCCAGAAUCCCUUCGCAGGCCCAUUUUUUGAUCCCAGUGAUCCAGCCCUCUUCAACUUUGAUCUAUCGAGUAUGAACUUUGAAAAUCGAUACGGUGCUCUGGAAUUCGGCAUGCUUGGGCAUAUGGCCACUGGGGCGGCCGGUGACUCUCCCACUGAUUCCGCAGGACAGCGGGGAUCGAUCGGCCGCAGUGGAUCGGCCCAAUUCUCCACACCAGCUCCUGGAUUUGGAGAAAGCCCAGGGAAUCAACCUUUCAUGUUUGGCGAUCCUCUCCUAAACGAUUGGUCAAGCGGGUCGGCCUCGGGCCAGCAUGUGAAUGUUGGAGGUGUGUUUGGGCAAAAUGGCAUGCUCCCCGAACACAUGAAAGCAAAUGCACCACACGCAUUUGCGAUCGAAACUGGGCCAGCUAGUUUCACUAGUCCUGGCUCGGCCACAAGUCCGAACAUCACAACGGCUACAUUCGAUGAUGGCCCAUUUAACAAUAUCGCUCCUGCUGCCAAGGCCAAAUCCAACAGCCUGGUGCAGAAUGGACAGCGUCAGGUGACGUCAGCGUCGAUUUUGAAGCACCCGAAUUUGCAAGUUGGUCCAAAACGGCGCCACCGCAAUCCUUCCUCAAUAUACGAGAGCGUGAAGGAGCCAUAUGCCUACACAAGUGGUUUCCACAAUCUCACUGCUUUCAUCCAACGUCGCUUUACACCACAAAAGACUGUGCGAAUUGCCAAGGCGCUCGCAUCUAUUCGACCCUCUUUUAUCGCAACUACUAAGACCCUUAAUCGUGAUGAUCUCAUAUUCAUGGAAAAAUGCUUCCAGCGAACGCUUUGGGAGUACGAGGAUUUCAUUAAUGCAUGUGGAACGCCAACCAUCGUUUGCCGACGCACCGGCGAGAUCGCCGCAGUAGGCAAGGAGUUCAGCAUCCUGACUGGAUGGAAGAAAGACGUGCUUCUAGGGAAAGAGGCUAACCUCAACGUCAACACCGGUGUUUCGGGCGCACCCCAGUCGGGGACAACGUCGCGUGGUAGCUUCACGCCGCGCGGCUCGACGUUAGAGCAUUCCGGCAGUGGACGCCCCCAGCCGGUAUUCCUAGCUGAACUUCUGGACGAUGACAGCGUUGUACAAUUUUAUGAGGACUUUUCGCGUUUGGCAUUUGGCGAUUCUCGCGGUAGUGUCAUGACUCGGUGCAAGUUGCUCAAAUAUAAAACCAAGGAGGACAUGGAGGUUGCACAGUCUGAUGAUAACGGAAAGUGGAACAAUCAUCUCCGCAAAGGUGGCAUUGCUGGCGAGGCUGGCAUGAAUCAGCUCGGCCUCAAGGACGGAAAGGUUGACUGCGCGUACUGCUGGACAGUGAAACGCGAUGUGUUCGAUAUUCCGAUGCUCAUUGUGAUGAAU